GUGUUGAACUCCCUGAGUAGGGGCAGACCAGAGGAGGCAGGGGAUGGGCUACACCCAGAGUAGAAAUUAGAAAAUCUCACACAAUCAGGCUCAAUACAACUUGAUUUGGAGAGUUAGUUGGCCCCCACUUUUUUGGUUCCCUAUAAAAUGGUUUUCAUAGGGAUGCACGUUGCAAAAUCAAAUUUGAGCAAAUAAGCUUCUACACUGACUGACAGUUGAUGAAGUCUCACCAUUUAUGUACCUUUCAUGUUACCAGUCAAACCAUUUUUUUUGCUGGAUCAAAUUGAGUCACCUAACUUACCUGUAAAUUCCAUAAGCUUAUGAUUCAUUUUCAUUUGACCAAAUGCAAAGCCAUUGGCUAAAACUGAGUGCUUUGACCAUGUUCAUCUCUGUUACUGUUAGCCAACUGCAGGCUAACUGGCAGCAGAUUUAUGGUGUAUAUGUUUCUGUUCCAACCGAUCCUAAUGGCUGCUUCUUUGACUUUUUAUUGCAGUUGAUUUUGAAUAAGGUUCUCCUGCUUGGCUCAGCUACUCAAACAAUUGUUGGUAGGCCGAUUGUGCCACAUGCAGCUGUUUGUGCAGUUGUUGAGGAGCAUGCAUUAGAUGCAAAGGUAAUUAUUUUCAAGAAAAAGAGAAGGAAAAAUUACAGGCGAAUUAAGGGACAUCGCCAGGAACUGACCAAGUUGAGGAUAACUGAUAUACAAGGAAUUGAAAAACCAGAACCAAAUGCUGAAGGAAAGCCUUUAAAGUUGGCUACUGAGAAGCCAGAGAAGCUCAUGGCUGCUGCUUAGGAAGGGAUGUCACCAGGGCUGUUUAUUGUAACAAAUGGCUCUCCAUGAUUCAAUGUAUACUUGUGAUGUCCAUUGAGGCCGAAUUUUACUAGCCAAGUAGGCCCUGGUUGUGGGGAUGGUUUGGUUGAAUCAUGCUUUGCUCUUCCAAGAACUGAGGUCAAAUUUUGUGUUUUUGCAUUUCUUGUUCAUUUAUUUGUAUUUGGUAACCUAGAUGGUGGGAUUUCACUUAACACACUCCUUCCCAAGUACAGUUUUUUCCUAGUUCAGACCAAGUUGCAGGUUGUAGCAGUUCAUUGGAAAUUAAAUUUAAUAAAGCUUUCUCAACCAG